AUGUCCGAACAAGCACCGAAGCCAAACUCAAUGGCAGAUGUCCUUUCAAGGUUGCCAGACAAGCGCCCAGUUCAAAUUCAAAUUGCCCAAUUGAACGCUCAUCUGACAACCACCAUUAAGACUAUCCAAUGUAGUCUUAUGGAAGAGAUAACCAAUCUCAAAGUCGAAGUCCUCACGAACCAAGCUUCCAAUAAGAAAGUCCUGAACGAUUUCGCGGAAACCUUGCGCCAAUACAACAAAGAGAACCAAAACCUUGCCAGACUCAUCUACCGUUUCUUCGAAGAGAUAGACACCAUCUGGAAGGUACUCGGAAAGGACAGAACAUGCAACACCGUACUUCGUGAGUACCAAAUUGAAGAAGGAAUUUUCGAGGAAGAAGAGAAACACGAAGAAGAAGAGGAAGAAGAAGAGAAACACGAAGAAAAGGAAGUUUGGGCAACCCUUGUUGCGGAUGACGGUUAUGAAAUUUCCCAGCCCUACCCAUACAAAAUCCGCAACAAGGAGACCGGCAAGGUUCUUACCCCAGUCCUCAACAACUUGGGACACUUGAGCCUUACCCUUCGGAAUUACGGUACAAUUUCCAUGGGAAGGCUUGUCGGUAUGCAAUGGGUUCCAAAUCCAAACAAGAAGACGAAGGUCAGACACAUUGACGGUGACAAGCUCAACAACCGUAAGGAGAACCUCGAGUGGUUCUAA